AUGUCUACCGGAAAGAUCGUUCUUGGCGGCGAUGUCGCGGGUAAUAGGAACAUAACAGUGUCGAUGGUCAUAAUUUGCAUGGUUGCAGCCUCAGCUGGUUUGCUCUUUGGCUAUGACAUUGGCGUUUCAGGAGGGGUGAGUACGAUGGAACCGUUCCUUGAGAAGUUCUUUCCGAAUCUGAUGAGGAAGAUGGCUUCGCAUGGGAAUGACAACACCUACUGCAUGUACGAUAGCCAAGUUCUCACAUUGUUCACGUCGUCACUCUACUUGGCCGCCCUGGUGUCAUCCUUAUUCGCCGGCCGAUUCAACGUUUCCAGGGGACGGAAGGCCACGUUGGUGCUUGGUGGUGCCAUCUUCUUGUCUGGCGCCUUAGUCAUUUCUUCCGCCAUUAAUGUGACUAUGCUCAUUUUUGGCCGUGUCUUGCUCGGUAUCGGGAUCGGUUUUUCCAACCAGGCAGCACCAGUUUAUCUCUCCGAAAUGGCCCCUCCCAAGUGGCGUGGAGCCUUUGCCACAGCCUUCAACUUCUUCAUGGACAUCGGCAUAGUAACUGCAAACGUUACAAACUUCUUCGCCGCCCAACUCAAAGUCGACUGGAAUUGGCGUCUCGCCCUCGGUCUCGCCGGAGUACCGGCGUUCUUCAUGACAUUCGGAGCCUUAUUCAUCCCCGACACAGCCCUCAGCCUAGUCCAGCGAGGCAGAGUGAAGGAGGCUCGAGAAACACUGAGUCAAAUCAGAGGGGUCGACUCAGAUGUGGAUGCAGAACUGAUGGAGAUCUUCAAUUACAACCAAGAAGUGAAAUCCAAGUCUGGGAAUCAUUACAACAAGAUAUUCCAGAAAAAGUAUAGACCUCAUUUGGUGUUGUCAGUGGGAGUGAUGACGUUUCAGCAACUGACUGGUGUUGGUCUAGCAGCAUUUUAUGCGCCGAUACUGUUCAAAUCGGUUGGGUUUGGGAGUAAUUCUGCUUUGUUCGGAGCUGUUUUAUUGGGAGUGAUCAACCUCGGCUCUGUUAUGGCUUCCUGUUCCAUUGUUGAUCGAGUUGGUCGGAGGGUUCUGUUUGUUGUGGGUGGAACCACUAUGUUUAUUUGCCAGAUGGUUUUGGCUUGGUUGAUUGCGAUCAAAGAAGGGUCUUCCGGCGAUGAACCCCUCACCAAGGCAAGUGCUUUGGCGAUAAUGUUCGUUAUGUGUCUCUUUGCCGCCGGAUUUGGGUUCUCAUGGGGUCCCCUUAGCUUCCUCAUAUCAAGUGAAGUCUUACCAACAGAAGUCCGGCCAGUGGGCAAUGGCAUCGGUAUCUCUUUCAACUUCAUGAUCACUUUUGUGUUAGCUCAAACAUUUGUUUCCAUGCUUUGCAACUUGAAGUAUGUUUUGUUCUUGUUCUAUGCUGGAUGGAUGGUGAUAAUGACAACAUUUGUGUUGUUGUUCCUUCCUGAGACCAAAGGGAUUGCUCUGGAGGCAAUGCACCCUAUUUGGGAGAAGCAUUGGUACUGGAGAAGGUUUGUAGAAAGGAAGACAAUGGAAAGAGAAAGAGAAGAUGAGACAGAGUUUAAGGCCUGUGUCCACAAUGGAAUCAGUUGCUAA